GUUUCAUACUCCCUCUCUCUCUCUCUCUCACCUCCCUAGCUACUACAUCCCUAUAAUUGUACCAUAGCAUUACCACCAAACUUUGCUCCUUUCUCUAGCCAUCUAUUACUUCGUUCCUCACACACGCGCACAAAUUAAACCUCGGCCAGCCCUAUAAUAGAUCCAUGACCUAAUCACCUAGAUCCAUUUCUCAUCCAACAACUAGAACAGGCACAGCUCUAUCCUCAAUUCAGAAGUGCCACAGACACCUGCAAUGGCUGCUACCGAUCUCUCGCUCCAUAUCAGCCCUCCUUCGCCGCCCGACGCUGGGAGCAGUGGUGGCCACGAAACACAAGGGUUCUUCGCCAAGCCGAAGCUAUGUCUUGGACUUGAGACGGCGACGGCGACACAGCAGCAGGAUGGCCAAUGCUGCGACGUCCAGCAUCAGCAGCGGCUGCACCAACCUAGCCAGAUCCAGAGGUUCAAGAAAAGCUCGUCGUCAGCGGCGCUAUCCGGAGGCACGACGAGAUCUGGGAAUAAUGGCAGCGGCGGUAGGAAGAGGAGCUCCAGGGCGCCGAGGAUGAGGUGGACGACGGCUCUUCAUGCGCACUUCGUGCACGCCGUGGAGCUCCUCGGCGGCCAUGAGAGAGCAACACCAAAGUCAGUGUUGGAGCUGAUGAACGUGCAGGAUCUCACACUGGCUCAUGUUAAGAGCCACCUGCAGAUGUAUCGGACAGUGAAGGGAACGACGGCAGACAGAUCAUGUGCUGCAGGUCAUGUCCAGAUGAGAGAUAUGGGCUUUCUGCAGAGGGGUUGUUGUGAAGUGAAUGGCUUUGAAGCGUUUAACCACAGUACUUCCAAUACUAGGCACAGGAUGCUGGCAUCAUCAGCUGCAGGGGCGUCGCCGGCAGGGAAGCAGGAGGUCGCCUGGUGCCUGCGGCCGCCCUUGGGGCAGCAAAGCGGGCUGCCGCUGCCGCUCCCCUGCCCCUACCUCAUGUCUGCCCACCACAACCGCUACUUGCUCUCACAAGAUCAUCAUCAGGCAUGGCGGAGAGGUGCGCAGCAAGACGCUGCCUCGCGUGUCCUAGGUCAGGACAACACCGCACGGCGUCUGCACGCAGGCCAUGCUGACGCAGCCACCAGGAGAUCAUCGUGGAGCGCCGGCGUUGCGAGCCGCUGGUCAUCGUCGUCGACGACGGCGCCGUCGAGCAGCACCAGAAGGAGCAGCACGGAGCAGGCAUGCUGGAUGAUGAACAAGCAGCAGCAGCAGCAGGCGCCAUCAUCAAGGGUCGCGGCACCGAACCUGGAGAUGAGCCUGGGACGGCAAGGGUGGCACCAUAACCUGCAGGAUCAGCAGCAGCGCAGCGGGGAGCCCGCUGCAGCGGCCAAAGAGCUAACCCUUCUCAAGUGUUUGUGACGUUGAUAGCUAAUUAUUAGUCUGUAUAAUGAUCGUUUAAUCAUCAGUUACUUACAUAAUCUCGUCGAGGAUGAGAUGUGCAAGCAAUUCAUCGAUCGAUCGACGGCAUUAUUAGCUAGCUAGAGAGAUAUUUUGUACUACCCUUUUUUUUGUAGGGCUUUGUGCUUUUUGUCCUCCAUUCGCUUCUCAUCUUGUAGUGGUACGACAUGCGUGUGAUUUGAGCUAACGUUCCUCCAAUACAGACGAGCCUCUUCAGUUCA